AUGGGGUUGGGAGUUUCUGCUUUUCCAUUUAUUUUUGUGGCUCACCUUCUAGCAGUGGCUGCUAUUGUCGUGAUCCAUCCUGUUCUUAUGCUAAUUGGAUUAAUAAUAAUGGGAGGUGAAGCUAACAUAACUUACAAAGCUCUACCCCUGAAGAAGGAAAUUAAGAAGUUGAUACAUCUUAUUCUCCAUGCAAUUGUACUAAUACUUGGAAUAGUUGGAAUUUGUGCUGCCUUCAAGAAUCAUAAUGAAAGUGGCAUCGCCAAUAUGUACAGCUUGCAUUCAUGGCUUGGCAUUGGAGUUAUUUCCCUUUAUGCGAUUCAGUGGAUAUUUGGGUUUGUGAUGUUUUUCUAUCCUGGAGGGAGUGAAUCACUAAGAAACCAAUCAAUCCCAUGGCAAGUGUUGUUUGGGUUGAUAGUGUAUGUUCUGGCACUUGGGACAGCUUCCCUUGGGUUCUUAGAGAAGCUCACAUUCAUGGAGAGUUUAGCAGGUGUGGCUAAAUAUGGUUCAGAGGCACUCAUUGUUAACUUCACUGCCAUUGUCACCAGGGAAUACUACUCUUUGGCCCCCUUGGUACUGGAAAGACAAUGCUUGCGAAGGCUGUAG